UACUAAACCACAAAUAUGAAACUAAGAAACAAAUUUUUCCCGAUAACAUGCCUCGAUAUUGUCUCAUUUGUGUUCAUAUCGUUAAUCGUGCCUUUCGGCUACUGUUUCGAAAUACUUUUAGUGCUACCGACCUUCUACUCAGCAACAUCCUUCUGGUUCAUCCUCCACGCUUUCUCAGGAUCGUUCGUGUUGGUCAACAUUGUGAGCAACUUCGUCUUUAUCAUGAUAACGGACACGAGCGUGAAAAAGAACUUGGAAUCUCAGACUCAUGGAUCGCAACAUUGGAACUUUUGUCGCAAAUGUGACAUUCGAAUUCCUCCCAGAUCUUGGCAUUGCAAUGUCUGCAACUGUUGUGUUCUCAAGAGAGAUCACCAUUGCCAGUUCACAGGAUGCUGCAUCGGACAUCACAACCAUAGGUAUUUCUUUUUCUUCGUCUUCUACAUGGCGCUCGGUACGAUCUACGCUCUUUACUUGCACACCCGCUACAUUUACCGGACAGCCACCGAGUACGUCGAAACAGGCUUACAAUUCCGAGGGUCAAGGAUUUUAGCUUUUGCUUUGGGUUUGAGCUACUCCAUCCAAAACUGCUACCUCUUAUUCUACGGCGUGACCCUCUUCGGUGUUGGAGUCUCUAUGUUUUUCUUCCUCUUCCAUUUCACCACGAUGACUCGAGGACAAGUGCUGUAUGAGAGGGCUCGUGAUAUUAACGCUUAUGAUUCCGGUUCUGUGAAGAAAAAUAUAGAGCAAGUGUUGGGUAAAAGAUGGUAUUUAGCAUGGAUUUCUCCGUUUGUUACUUCAGAACUACCUAGUGAUGGUGUGAAAUGGGCUCAGCACAAAUUUAAUAAAAGAGUUAUUUGAUUUCAUCUAUAUUUUUCUAGAGUAGAUUAUAAUUUGGGUUCUGGUUACU